CAGAGUUCGUUUUUUCUUCAGUCAGUUGGGAGUUUGAGGCUUCAGCAGAGGAGCUCCACUCUCACAGGUAAAGUGGAGUAAAGAUGGCGUCCAGACUGACCCUGGUGCUGAUGCUGUUGUUUGUUGCCGCGGUGACGGCUCAGAGACGCGGAGGGGGAGGAGCCAGAUCGAACACUAGGACCUCCUCCUCUUCAUCAAACACAGACGAGUGGGACUACAGAGCUGGGUCUGAUAAAGUGAAUAUGAGAAAUGUGGCCAAUCUGACUGAAGUUCUGGACAACUGGAAAUACGACAUCAUGAGUCAGAUGAAGAAUCUACUGCAAAAUGACCACCAGAGUCUGCUCCCCGACUACGCCAGGAUCCAGCCGCUGUCUGAGGCUCUGGAUGAUCUGUACAAAGAGUUCAACGCUCUGAAGGCCCAUCUGGGAGACCUCACUGAGAAGUUUACAGCCGUGGAGACGUUUAUUGAUGAGCUCAAAGGCCGACAGGGUCACCAGGGAUCUGCACCUGCCGCACCUGCCGUGCCUGCCGCACCUGCCAGCACGCUCCCUCGGCCCAACAGGAGGGUCAUCAGGAAGAAGCCAUCGGCCACCACGACAGAAUGAGCAGCCCGUCGCACACAGAGGAGGAAAGACGAUUGCAAAUUUAUAAAAAAAAUUUAAAAUGCUGUACUCAGAGUCUUCCAUGAUUUUAAAUGUAAUAAAGUAAAAUUUCUCUCAGUGACUGACCUGGUAAAUCAGAUACAGAGGGAUGUCAGUCUGGUCACCUUCCUAUGUCAUAUUUGAGCUUGAACCAAACAUGAACGUCCAAUCAGAUUUGUUUAUUUCAGUGACAUAUGUGAAAAGGAGUUCAUUGGGCACUCAUCAUUUACAAAAAACCCUUUCUCCUCAGAUGAACAAUUUAGUCGCUCGUUGUUUCUUCAUAAACCUCUGAUGUUUUUUAGUCCCUUGUGAUAGUUUUGUCCUUUUUCCUCAUGAGCGACCGUAUUUGUUAUGAUACAGAGAGAUCACGUGCAUCCCUGAUUGGCUUAUCCACCUGUCAGUCACGCCCAUCUGAACUCACCUCAUGAAAACACGCAGGAAACGUGUUAUGACGGUGCUGAAGUCUUAAAGCUCUGUGUGUUUGCUUUUACUGUGCAUGACACCUUUAUAUAAGAUAUGAGUCUUUAUCUCAGUAUAUAUGUAUCUAAUAGUCUACAGCAGAGGACUCAGACCUGACUCAGACCUGAUUCAAUCCUGAGUCAGACCUGAGUCACGUUUUGACCUUUAUAUAGGAUAUGAUUCUUUAUGUCAGUAUAUAGUUAAAACAAGGUUGUUAGGAAAGACAGUCCUUCCUUGAACAGGAAUGGGGGCCUGAGACAUCAUCUAAUCCCCAUCUAUAACUCCAUUCUCAGAGUUAAAGCAAACAAAGGAAACAAUAGAGCUAGCCAGGACGUGAAAUCACCUAUUAGGGGCCUGAAUGAUUAUGCUAAGUAUGACUCAGACACAGUCCACAUUUAGUGUAGCUCAAUAGACCUAGCUAACAAACAAAAAGUGUAAAAAGAAGCUGUUUCCAGUUUCAGUGUUGUUAGCUCCUCCCUUCAGACAGAUAUACGGCAGUGUCUAGCAGUAAUCUGACCAGAACUGAAGAAGCAGCUUGGAUGAGUAGCCAAACGUCUUCACUCUAAAACUUUUGUACAGUAGAGGUGAAAAUAUUAUCUGUAAUCUGUAAUUUGACUUGGACUGGACUUGGAAUUAUUCUGGACUUGGACUUGAGACUUGCAGGGCUUGGUCCCACCUCUGGACACAUUUCCAAUUUAUUUUUCUGUCUGUUUCAGUAUUAGAUUUGAAGUUUAGUCACAAUAAACUAGACCACAGUCUUACCACAGUCCUGUCUCCUGUAAACCACUGAACCUCUGUUUUAUCAAAACAUUUAAAUAAAUAUUUAUUGCAUGUAUCAAAUC